CGGGCGGCGGGUGGCGGGGACUUGUUGUUCUUCGCCGAGUCUGAACGAGUAGUCGGAAGCGCGCAGGCGGAGACGGCGACUAAGGGGAGCGCGAGAGCAGAAGCGCGUGUGAAGAGUGCGUGUCCACAAGGAGCCGCCGCGCCCGGCCCCGCGCGCGACCCGGCUACGAUUUUCUGGUGGUUCCGUCCUGGUGACAGGGCCCGGGUUAUGACGACUAAUCCCAAACCCAACAAGGCAUUGAAGGUCAAGAAGGAGGCGGGUGAGAACGCCCCUGUUCUUAGCGACGAUGAGCUGGUCUCCAUGUCGGUGCGGGAGCUGAACCAGCACCUGCGGGGGCUCACCAAGGAGGAGGUGACUCGGCUGAAGCAGCGGCGGCGUACACUCAAGAACCGAGGCUACGCAGCCAGCUGCCGCAUCAAGCGUGUGACGCAGAAAGAGGAGCUGGAGCGGCAGCGUGUAGAGCUGCAGCAGGAGGUGGAGAAGCUGGCCCGAGAGAACAGCAGCAUGCGGCUGGAGCUGGACGCCCUGCGCUCCAAGUACGAGGCCCUGCAGACCUUCGCACGCACCGUGGCCCGAGGGCCUGUCACACCCACCAAGGUGGCCACCACCAGUGUCAUCACCAUUGUCAAAUCUGCCGAGAUCUCCUCCACCUCUGUGCCCUUCUCAGCCGCCUCCUAGUGUCUGCUGGGGCCGGGCAGGGCACGGGCAGUGGCACAGCCCUCAUGCCUGUCCCAGGCUCCCUGGCACAGAUUCCUCAUGUCUACCUGCCCACUGUGGACCUCGCGGGGCUGAGGGCAGGGACAGCAGGGACAGGCAGAUGCAGGAUAAAAGGGAAGCUCUCAUGAGCCAGUGCCACAAGCAACCCCACUCAUAUCUCUUCUUCCCCUGGGGGUGUGUUUUUAGGAGCUGACAGAAACCACAUGGGCAACCAGGAUGAAUAACUCUAGGCCCCUGUGGCAGAGUGUGAGGACUCUGAAGUCUUCCACUUCUCCGGUGCCUGCUUGUCAGCGCCAGUGGUGCCGUCCCCUCUAAGGGCCUCCAGCUGGGGUGGACACCAUACUGCCUGUCCCUUUCUGGGCUCUGGCCUUCUUGUCCUUAUCAAAGGGCACUACACCCUGCUUUAUCUCUUAGAUAGAGCCAGGCCUGUGUCAUGGGAAACCCUUGCAGGGACUAAUGUAUGUGUUCCUGUGUGUACACAGGCUUCCAUCACAGCCUGUGAAGACCGGAAACUGCUGGCCAGGUGGCCACAUGGGAGAGCCUGUUCAGUAUGUGUGCCGAGGGUUGCACGAAUGUCAUGGAUUGUCCCUGGAGGUCUGUUAGCCUGCCCAUUGUGGUACAGGGCCACCUGUCCACAGAGCCAGCAAACAGCCAGGCUCGGGUUCUCUGGGGCUUAGCAGAGGGGAGAGGUGGGAGAAGAGCAGGUUAAGCCUGAGAGAUGCUAAGGGGUACGUCGGUGGCACUCGAGAUGUGUGGUGGUGUGUGAAGAACAGGAAUGAAGUAGACAGGGAAAACAUGGAGUCCUGGCUGCAGAGGUCCAGGGGAUGUGAAAGAGGCCUGAGAGGCAUAGUAUGGAGGGACAGAAACUGUAUCUGGAGGGCCUUGUGGGCACGCCCACUGUGGGCGGGUCAGCAAGGACCCCAGGCAGACUAAAGGUUGCAAAUACUCUGCAACUUUGGUGCCCAGUUGUUACCUGCCUUUUCCUCCUUCAAAGAGUUCUGAGGCCACUGGACAUCUUGGGCUUUUUUAACUAAAGGAAUCAUGUCCUCCAGGUUCUGGGGAAUGUGGUGGACAGGGAAUCGGGGCAGGCUGAGCCACAGCCAAGCACUUAGAAAGCACUGUUGGAACCAUAGCCUUGAUAGGUAAUCCAUAUUGGAUAUCAAUAAGGACCAUGCAUAUUUAAAGAGAGAGGAUAUAUAAAUAUAUAUAUAUAUAUAUAAUUAUACACACAUUUUAUCGUACAGAUUUUUCAUAACAAUUUUCUUUCCCAGUUUGAUACUGUAGACCUUUAUUAAUGCAGAGUAGGUUGGACAGUGGGGUGGGGAACGGAGGCCCAGGGUGCCAACAACCUGCCUCAGUCUUUCUGUGGUGGCACUGGGCAUGCUGGAUCACUGGUGAGACCUGUUCCAGCAGGUAUCACACUGGAUGAGUGGUCUCCAGGGUAGGCUAUAGUGAUAGGCAGAUGACCACUGACUGGCUUGCGGCCCACUCUUGGCCUGUGGCGGUCUUCCUGGGCCCAGAGGCUCCAUACUCUUGGCCUCCAGGGUAGACAGGGCUGUCAGUACCACCUGGAGCACCUGCGCAGGGCGCCUGCCUGGAGGGGGCUGGGAAGGGUGUGAGCGCACCCCAUGGCUUUGUGUCACUGAAAUGUCAUUGUCACAAUUAUAUAAUAUAUGGAUGUUUUUAUUUAAAGAUAAAAGUGAGUUUUCUGUCUUGUUCCUCUGACUUCUUAAAGCAAGCUUUAACUUUCUCAAAAGGUGACAGGGACACAUGCCGACCAUGCAGAGGCCUGGCAUCCACAGCCGCCUGCCACUUGGCAGUUUCAUUUCAAUAUUUAUUUUUUUGUGUGUGUGCUUUUUCUUCAUGUUAUAAAUUAUUGAGAAGAGAUCAAGAUCACAGACUGUUAGCCCCUGUCUGCACCCUGCCUCAUGGCCACCACCUAAUUUAUUGCUGUACAUGUCGCCGUGACUGCUUUUAUAUCUUUGCAAUAAAGAAUUUCCUGUUU